AUGAAUGUAUCAACAACACCAGGGUCAGGAGAAAGAUUAAGAAUGCUUUCGGUUGAUAAUUUGGUUAAUCAGGUCACUAGAAAUACAGAAUCACCAUUAUCAGAUGUUGUACUGCCUUCAGAUUUCAAUUUUUCUCUAUCAGAUGCUAAUCUACUAUAUAAUGAUUUAAACGAUAUUGUUAAUUCAAGGUUAGAAGAAGCUCUUACACCAACUUUAAGAACAUACAUUGAAGAAACAUCAGCAAAUCCAUUCAAUACAGAAUUUUCUAGUGAUUUUGAUGAAACAGACAGGCCGGGGAAAGAUAUUAUUGUUAACAUACCUUUGGAUUAUUUUGCGCUUGGUGAUCCUCAUAACCAUUAUUUGGCAUUUUAUUAUCAUGAUUUCAGUACAACAUUAUCACCAUUGAUGCCCAAUAUUGGAUUGAAUCCUAUACGUGAUGUCUUGCUGAAUUAUGCUAAAAGAGAACCAUACUUAUUAUAUGCUAUUUUAGCUUGUGGUGCCAGGACUGCGUUCAGGAAAAGCUCCAAAAUUGAAGAUGAUCAAGCUUAUUGUUCAUAUUUAUCAUCAUGUUUGAAUAUUCUUAGUGAAAAUUUCUCAAAGGAAAACUUGAGAACUGAGACAGUGGAACCUAUGUUAUUAACAAUUUUAUUAUUAACUAGUGAUAGUGCUUCAAGUAAAAAUACCAAAUGGAGAGCUCAUUUAAAAGGUGCUAAAGAAUUAUUCAAAAAAAUUAAUGUUCAAACAGAUACAAUAAAUUUCUGUAAGAAUUGGGUUAUUGGCUAUGAAGUUUUAGCAGGUAUUACCAAUGCAUAUGGUGGUAUUUUCCAAUCUGAAAAUGAUAAUUUAGACAAAUUCAUUUCAAAUGAUGCCGGAUAUAUUAAAUCUUUGAAGAAACUUCGAAUGAUUGAUUUACAUGGAUUUAAUUAUCUAAAUGGUCAUAUAAUUGAUUUAGAUCUUGUAUUUUGUCAAAUAAUCAAAAUAUUAAACAAAAUACGUGAUUAUAAAAAAAAGCAAAAACAAGGAAAUUUACCCAUAAAAUCUCAUCUUUCAUCAGAUUUAUUACCAAAUAUAGUUACAUAUGAAACCAUUGAAACUUUAAUGAUUGAAUUAAACAAUUUACAAAAUAGAGAAAUCAUCCAUAAAUCAGGUAUAAUCCCACAUUCAAAUCCUAAUCAUCCUUCCAAAACAUCAGCUUUUCAAAAUUUUCAAAGUAUUCAAACCAUAACUAUAAAUAAUGAGCCAAUAACAUAUAGUUGGUAUGAUAUAAGUCAUCAAUGUCAUACAAUAGCUGCCAAAUUAGUGUUAAUGACUAGGAUCAUGGAACAACCUAAAACAUCAAUCUUAGUUCAAAGUUUAGUUAAACAAGUUUUAAAAUUUAUUGAGGUUUUAAAUCAAGUGGAAAAUUUCGAUAAUGUUUGUAUAACACAUUUAAAUUUCGUCAUUGUGUUAGUGGGUAGAUCAUCAAUUUAUCCUCAAGAUCAAGAGUUGAUUAGAAAAUUUUUAAAACUUGGUUAUUCAAUGGGAUUGGAAAGUUGUGAACAUAAUCUGGGUAAGUUGGAAAAGAAAUGGGCCAACAAUAAUGAUGAUGAUACUGAUGAGGAAGAGGAAGAAGAUGUUUUAACGUGGUGA